AGCUUAGGGUCCCUUGGUGUUGGCUCGGGAGGGGUCGGAUUGGUGGGUUGGGGGCCAGAGGGCCGCUAGAUCCGGGACUCGGGCGCCUCUGACUGAGCUCCAAAGGGUUACAGCCCUUCGCCCCCUCCUCCCGCCUCCUCCCUUCUCCUCCCCCAGGCUCUUCCUGUCCCGCAGUUGCAACACCCUAUCUGCCGCUCUCUCCCUUCCCUCCCACCUCCUCGCUCCUUUCUGCUUUAAUUUUCUUCCAGUUCUCAGGACUCGGGCUCCAGCUCCGGACUUUGGGGUUGGAGAUCCCGGCCCGGGACUGAGCCGUGAUCCUCACUCCAGUCUCCACCUCAGCUCCCCUGCCCGCGGCCCGGGCUGCUCUUGGGACCCGGCGGGCCCGCACAUCCCGGACUCCGCCGCCGCCGCCGCCACCACUGCCUGAGCCCUGAUGGGGGAGUAAGAGGCCACCGCUGGCCGGUCAUGGGCCUCCCCACCGUGCCUGGCCUGCUGCUGCCACUGGUGCUCUUGGCUCUGUUGGUGGAAAUACACCCCUUAAGGGUUAUGGCACUGGUCCCUCACGUCAGGAACCGGGAGAAGAGAGCUAUUCCGUGUCCCCAAGAAUAUAUUCACCCUCAAGAUAAUUCCAUUUGCUGUACGAAGUGCCACAAAGGGACCUACCUGUACAAGGACUGUCCCGGCCUGGGGCUGGACACAGACUGCAGGGAAUGUGAAAACGGCACCUUUACAGCUUCGGAGAACCACCUCACACAGUGCCUCAGUUGCUCCAAAUGCCGGAAAGAAAUGAACCAGGUGGAGAUUUCUCCUUGCACUGUGUCCCAGGACACUGUGUGCGGCUGCCGGGAGAACCAGUACCGGCGUUAUUGGAGUGCAACCCUUUUCGAGUGCAUGAACUGCAGCCUCUGUCUCAAUGGCACAGUGCACAUCUCCUGCACAGAGAAACAGAACACAGUGUGCACCUGUCACGCGGGUUUCUUUCUAAGAGUCAAUGAAUGCAUACCUUGUGUUCACUGUAAGGAAAACACAGAGUGCAAAAAGUUGUGUCUACUCCCUGUGGAAAAGGUUACGGUCCCUCAGGACCCAGGUACCACAGUGCUGUUGCCCCUGGUGAUCUUCUUUGGCAUUUGUGUUUUAUCCUUCUCCGUUGUUUUAAUGUGCCGCUACAACGGCAGAUGCCCAGAGAGGAAGUGAAAUUUGUGACGCUUUGUUUCUUUUUUCUCAGUUUGUGGGAAAUCGACACCUACAAAGGAGGGGGAGCCUGAGACCCUGGCCUCGGUUCCAGGUUUCAGUCCCACCACGAGCUUCAGUCCCACCACGGGCUUCAGUCCCACGGGCUUCAGUCCCAUCCCGGGCUUCAGUCCCAUCCCCAACCCCACCUUCACCCCAGGUCCCGUCUUCACCCCACGUGACUGGUCUAAGUUAAGGGCUCCGUCAGACGCUGGAGAGAUGGCCCCACCCUACCAGGAGGCUGGCCCCAUGCUUUCCGCGGCUCCAGCCUCCACCCCAAUUCCCACCCCAGUUCAGAAGUGGGAGGACAGAACCCACAUUCAGCGCGCAGAAGCCGACCCCGCGGACCCGGCGACGCUGUAUGCCGUGGUGGACGGCGUGCCCCCGUCGCGCUGGAAGGAGUUUGUGCGCCGGCUGGGGCUGAACGAGCACGAGAUCGAGCGGCUGGAGCUGCAGAACGGGCGCUGCCUGCGGGAGGCCCACUACAGCAUGCUGGCGGCCUGGCGGCGGCGCACGCCGCGGCGCGAGGCCACGCUGGAGCUGCUGGGCGCUGUGCUCCGCGACAUGGACCUGCUGGGCUGCCUGGAGGACAUCGAGGAGGCGCUGCGUGCCCCACCCUCUCUCUCGCCGGCGCCCCGCCUCCUGCGGUGAGGCCACGCCCCUCCCCGGGAGGGGCUGCCCUUAGGACCACCGCCCCCUCGCGUGGGCUGGGGGGCCGGAAGGACAGUGCUGGAUGCCCUUCGGACCCUUUUUCUGGACGAGGGCCUUGGAAGGGCCAGCAUGGCUGUCAGCCACCUACUUGGUGCUACUCUCCAAGUGUACAUAGAUUAUCUCAGCUGCCGGAGCACUGCCAGGGGCUCAGCCUUGUGUAUGAGACAGGUGUGUGUUUGUGUGUGUGUGUGUGAUCCUGAGAGAGGCUGAGUGUGCCAGGAGCCCAAGCUUGUGGCUGCAGAGAUGGGGUGCCUCGCCUCACCGCCUAUUUUGGGUUUGAAGAACCAAGCAAGGCAGCUUAGGGGCCUCUAGUUGGUCCCUGGGCCUUUUUCACAGUAGAUAAGCAAUCUUUGUAUCAGUUAUGUUACACUAAUAGAAACUGGGCACCCCUCUGCCCCCUGCCUGCACAAGCAAAGAGUGAGCUGACCAUCAGAAGGCAGGCGUGAGCACAGAGCACAGAACAAUAGGGCUGCCUGCUAGAACUGUGGACUUUUGUAAAUACACUAAAACUCUGGAAUUAAAGCUUUGCUCCUGGA